GAUUCGGCAACAGGACCAAGACAAGCUAGGUGAAACACAUUGGACAACAAUCUGACCUUAAAAGCACUAGCCAAGACAACACUUGUAUUGCGAUAUCUGUCUAGAUGUGUUCUACAGCAACAUGCAUGUAGCAAACCUAUGUUCUGUAUGUUUUGGAUCCGUAUAUGUUCUCUAACAGGUUCGCUUCCGACCUUCCGUUGAUCCGUUCAUUGCAUGUGCCUGCGUCAACGAUAUCUUUUUUUUUUUAUAAGCCACCGGCGUAUAAACCUGCAAGAGAGUGUACAGCCUCGUCGCGCGCGAGAGAAUAGUCUCGAAUCCGCGGCGGCACAAGCAGGCCAGCGCAGCACUGUGCAGACAGUGCUCGCCGCGGUUGGCGUUGAGCUGAGACAUGAAGCGAGCCGUCUCCGCUCUCUGGGCGCGCUGCGCCGUCCGCCAAGCCUACCCCUACACCACCACCACCUCCUCGUCGCCUGAGGUGGGGGCGUCCGCGUCAGAGGCGUGGGACGGGCGUUUCCGGCUCCACAAGCCGCGCGGGCAGCACCUGCUCACCAACCCGCGCGUCCUCGACGCCAUCGUGCGCCGCGCCGCCAUCAGUUCGGGCGACGCCAUCCUCGAGGUCGGCCCUGGCACGGGCAACCUCACCGCGCGCCUCCUCGCGUCCCACGCGGCGCGCGUCGUCGCCGUCGAGAUCGACCCGCGUAUGGUCGAGUCCGUCACCGCGCGCGCCGCCGCUCUCGGCCUCGCGGACAAGCUCACGGUGAUCGCGGGCGACGCCGUGGAGGUAGAGUUCCCGGAGUUCGACGUCUGCGUGGCCAACAUCCCCUACGGCAUCUCCUCGCCGCUGAUCGCCAAGCUGCUGUUCGGCCCUUACCGGUUCCGGACGGCGACACUGCUGCUCCAGAAGGAGUUCGCGCGGCGGCUUGUGGCCACGCCGGGCGACGGGGAGUACAACCGGCUGGCGGCCAACGUGCGCCUGGUCGCCGACGUGAGGCUGCUCAUGGACGUGAGCAAGAGGGACUUCGUGCCCAUGCCCCGGGUGGACUCGUCCCUCGUCGAGAUCCGGCCGCGGGGCAUCGCCCCGGGGGUCGACGUCAGCGAGUGGCUGGCGUUCACGCGCGCGUGUUUCGGCCAGAAGAACAAGACACUGGGCGCCAUCUUCAAGCAGAAGAGGAUGGUCAUGGAGUUGUUCGGACGGUCGCAGAGAGCCGAGGAAUGUGCCGGUGGUGUCAGCCUCGGUGCGCUUGACGGCGACAGUGGCGAGGAUGAUUGUGGGGAAACCGACGAUGGCAGCAACAGAGCGGUUGGUUUCAGCGAGGAAGAGGUCGCGGCGUUCAAGGAGAGGGUUGCCGGAGCUUUGGACACCGCCGAGCUCGCAGGCAAGAGGCCAUCGAAGGUAUCCAACGACGAGCUGAAGCGGUUGCUCCGGCUGUUCAACAAGCGCGGUGUGCGGUUCCAGUAGAGCACAGUGAAGUUUGUGUCGCUAGAGUCACGCCACGCCUGGGGCAAUGGCUGGUUCCCAGCAUGUUGGACGUCAUUGUAGACGUGGCGCUACUUGCCUGUCAUAGUGGCGACGGCCUUAUCCACUCCCUAUUCAAUGUAUUUCCAGUUUUCCAUUCUGGCAUUCUAAGGCCAUGUUUACUUCCAAAAUUUUUUGCAAAAUAGGAAUAAUAUCACUUU